AUGGAUGGACCGUUCUAUCUGAAUAGGAAUGGUUCCGAAGAAUUGAUCCAACAAUUUGCCGUGUCAAUUACUGCAAAAACCGCCAUGACUAGCAACGGUGAAAGCGAGGCUCGAGGUCUUGUUCAGCAUACUCCCAAACGGGACAAGGCAACAGAAUCAGUUCCUGGCCGUCACCCAAUUGCACCGUCGCCCAACCAUACCAUUGGCACAAAUGGUACGUACUCAAGCUCUGGACAUGUGUAUGGGGGGCCCAACCAUCUUCACUCAAGUAUCAUCGGUGGCUUUUCAGGGUUCGAAACCCCCGGCACGAAUUCAAUCCCAACUUCCCAUACAUUUGAGAGAAUUCAGUUCCAGAAAGCCACCGCCAACAAUGGCAAACGGCGCGCACAGCAGCAAUACUUUUUGGUGGUGGUUGAGCUUUCUGCAAAUAUCGGGAGGCAGAACGACGAGAACUGGGUCUUGAUAGCGACCAAGGAAUCCGACCCUAUGGUUGUGCGUGGCCGAUCCCCUGGCCAUUACAAGGACAAUGGGCGGCGAGACAGCCAGGCCAGCAUGGACCCCGAUCGUGGAACUGGGCAUGGGACCGACGGCCAUGCCGGUCCACUUUCAUCAGGGAGCUACGGGCACAGCCAUACUUCGAUGGAUUGGAUGGGUAGCCAUCGACAGGGGGGUCAUUUCGGAGGGUCUAGCUACCGUCAUGCCUCCGCCUCUCGCUUUUCUCCUGCGAGUCUGGUCUCCUCUAGCGCCCUAGCAGGAACGCCAACCGACAUUGAGGUGAGCCUCUGUGAUUCCCGUACAGCAAAGUCAUCCUGUACCCUGUCGUCGGACCGAUCUGCUCUGACACCACUAUCGGAGGGCAGUGACGAUAUUAUGUUCAGCAGCCUUGACCGCGAGGGGACGAGUCGCAAGAGGCCGUUCGAGGACGACGGAGAGGGGGAGCAUAUGCGCUUCCAACUACCAGGGCCAUUCACCGACAGCAUGGCAACGAUUAUUGACUUCUCGGCCACACCGUACUCGAAGCUUUUGUGCGCAACAUCGUGA